UAUGCCGCGAAAAAGCGAAAAAACUAAAAUAUUAGAUUUUAUUGUUGAUAAUUGUGAAAAUCAAAUUGCUGAUGUGAACGUUUACACAUUAUGGGUAAGGACUGCCAGUACUGAAGGAAAAACCGUUGCCGCAAAUAAAGAAACUGGCAGAUAUAUAGGAGUGCCGUCUUCACAAGUUCAACUUGUCCCGAUAACAUAUUCGGGUCAUUCCGGUCCCUGUCAUUGUCUACCUGGACCACCAGGGCCACCUGGGCCACCAGGACCAACCGGUUAUAACGGACAUGAUGGUAAACCUGGAAUACCCGGUUUCCCGUGUAAGAAAGGACCUCAAGGUCUCAAAGGCGAUAAGGGAGAUUCCGGUCCAAUAGGGCACAGUGGACGUCAUGGCUACGUGGGACUGCCAGGACCAAUCGGACCACCGGAUCACACAGACUAUAACUAUCACCAUAGAGAAUAUGGUCUACAUCAUCAUCAUGAUCGCGGUCCUUCACAGCCAUAUAUAAUACCCCUGCCCCCGUCCGACAUCUAUCACCAGCCUUACCCAUACCCAUAUCCUCCAUCAUAUUCAAACUAUCGUAGAUGGCCAUAUUGGAAUACAACUAGAUAUAACAUUGAUAUCGAUAACAUAAAUGACAACGAUAUUAUAAAUGAUAUUGAUAUUACUAUUUAUCGACCAACUAACACAGAUCGAUACUUUACUGAAGACUUGAAAUCAAACAAAAAUGAAGACGGUUCUACAGAUUUAAGAGAAAAUACAAACAAUUCUUUUGAGGAAGAUGGUAUAGAAGAAUGGAAGAGUGUCGAAGAUAUAUAUGAUUCUGAAGAUAGCAACAACGAGGAUAAAUACCUUAUGGGGCGAUCGAAGCACAGCCAAAUCCCAGCAGAAUUAAAUUAUAAGCAUAUAAUACGAUUAAUUAAACAACCAAAAUAA